UUUUAUUGUUGGGUUCAUAUACUAAUUUCUUCUCGUUAGUUCUGGUACCGGUUUUAUAACCGAAGGGCUCGUUAUAUCUUGGGGGAAAUUUCCGCACGCCGGAAAUAAUUCCUUAGGACAGUGUAUAACGCGUCUCGAGCCACUAAUCUAUUUUUAGUUCUUUUUAGUGAUUAUUUUGCAGGUCAAUUAGCGGAGCUAGAUAGUCAACGAGGUCAAUUGAGUAGCAACACGGUCAACACGUUAAAUUUGGAAGGAUAGAGCCAACAUUUCCUUGAUGUUAGGCAAGGAAACCAUAGACAAGCGACAUAUCGCACUGUUGCAGAGCUAAUUUGCCAUAAAUAUUUGGAUGCUUCACAAAAACCUUAUGCACCACGGCAAAUCAGGGAAGACAUGAAUUUGGCCCAUGGCAUUUCCAUGUCAUAUAAGAAAUCCUGGAAAGCUCAAAAGUUAGCAAUGCAAAAGCAAUUUGGAUCAGAUUUAGAGUCUUAUCAAAAACUACCAUCCAUGGCUUAUAUGCUUGACAAGGCGAAUCCGGAUUCUAUGAUUUCUCUUACAAUAGGUGAUGAGGAUGAGUUUCGUUACUUUUUUAUGUCUCUUGGACCUUGGCGGAAGGCGUGGGAUUUUUGCAGACCUGUUUUAAUUGUAGAUGGAUCAUUUAUGAAGGCAUACUACAAGGGGACACUACUAACAGCUUGUGGACAAGAUGCUAACGGUCAUAUUGUCCCCUUAGCUUUUGGAAUUUGUGACUUCGAAUCCAAAGCCUCGUGGAAUUGGUUUUUUACCAAAGUCAGAGAAUCCCUAACCUUUCGACCAGAUAUGUUUAUCAUAUCUGACAGACAUGAAGGCAUUCUCAGUGCUGCCAGGAAGAUUUUCCCUCAUGCUCUUCAUGGAUAUUGUGUGGCGCACCUUCGGCGGAACAUGAUUCCAAAGUUUAGGGGCUCAGGUAAGAAUUUAGGCUGGAAAUUCAAGGCUGCAUACAAUGCUGCGACAUUGAAGGAAUAUGAGGAAUAUAUGUGCUUAUUGGAUUCUGAAGAUGUUCGUAUACGACCUUGGCUUGAAAAGAUUGGCAUUGAAAAGUGGGCUAAGUGCAUGUCUGGUCCUAGGAGAUAUGAUGUGAUGACUUCAAACUGUGCUGAAUCUCUGAACAAUGUCAGUGUUUCUGCAAGGGAAUAUUCUAUAUCCAAACUUGUUGAUUUCCUUAGGGAAAGGAUGCAGUUGUGGUUCACUGAAAGGAAGGAAAGCGCCGAGAAAGCAUGCACUAUUUUGGCAACGAAACGUGAGAAACAUCUUGUGGAGCUUCAACGACAAGCUAGCAGGAUGCAGGUCAAGCCAGCGUCUUAUACAGAGUUUGAAGUUGUGGAUAGACAUUGUCGCUCAUUUCUUGUUGACCUUAAUGCCAAGACAUGCAGUUGUGGGGUGUUUCAAUUGUCUCACUUUGUUUGUGUGCAUGCCGUUGCUGCUAUUGGUACCCGCCCUGCGAUGUCAUGUUACACUUAUAUAUCGCCAUAUUACACCCGAGAUUACUGGCUAUCCACUUGGAAUGGUGUCAUGCACCCUAUAUGUGAUGCAGAGUCUUGGUCGGUUCCUUCACAUGUUUUAGAUGUUCGUUGCAAGCCACCUUCGUGUUUAAAACGCCCACCUGGUCGUCCUAAGAAGUCGAGAAUUCCAUCUAUUGGCGAGCAUCGGGGAAUCAAGCGUCGGAAAUGUUCUCGUUGCCAUGCUCUUGGUCACAACAAAAAAACUUGCCGCAAUCCAUUGACCAUGUUAAAUGACUGAUGUAUUUUCUUCUGUUUCUGUUUUGUUACGAAUAUUUUUUAUAAUGCAUUUCGUUCCUUUAUUACGAAUACACACUCUUUUAUCCCAAUAUUCAUUAUUUCAAAGCACC